CGUCACCGGUGGAUGCAAACAGAGAGAUCCGUGACAGCGCUGUCCGAGAACAGAUGCAGUUACGUGGAGGAGGAGUGUCCGGUUAGGGGAACAUGAUCUUCCUCACACGCUGAACUCGGAGGAGUCCAAACUGGACGGAGACGAGACUUCAGGAGGACAAUGUUCAGCUUCAGACUCGCCUACAGUUUCUCAUACAACCUGUUCCAGUUCUGUGGCCACACGUGGAUACUGGCUAAUACUGUCGCCAGGUUUCUCAUGUUCGGCCAAGAUGCUUUGGCCGACACCUUUUACUCUGUGGGCUUUGUGAUGAGUCUCUGCCAGCUGCUCUCCAUUCUGGAGCUUUUCCACAUUGCGGACGGCAUCGAGAAAGCCCGACUCCUUCCUCGCUUCAUCCAAGUGAUGGAGAAGAACCUUCUGUUGAUUAUGAUCAUCAUGCUGGAGGAGCUGCAGAGUAAACCGGUGGUGUGUGUGCAGCUCUUCUUCUGGAACGUCCUGGACCUCCUCCGGUAUCCUCACGAGCUGCUGUGUGUCAUGGAUACGCCGUCCAGCACCAUGCUGUGGACUCGCUACACGCUCUGGAUCCCCUUAUACAUCCUCACAGUCAUCGUUGAAGCUGCCACCAUCUAUCAGGCGCUGCCUUAUGCUGAGCAAACGGCCUCCCAGUCGUGUCCACUCAACUCAACGACAGCUCCAAACAGCCACCUCCCCCUGGUGCUGGCGCUCUACCUGCCCGCCCUCACUCUUGGAGCCUCGCUCACAGUCGGGCAGCUGCUGAAGGAGAGGCACCACCACCUGGAGAAGUGGAACAGGAAGAGGAAGUAACAUGAAGUCACAGCUCGCUGGAGUUACGGAUGAAGUCGAAUUUAACGAUCUGCUGUAAAGAGAGAAAAGGAUGUUCUAAACCCAAAAUGAUUUGUUGCACUUUUAUUGACAGCACAGAUUCCUACAGUACAGUUACUGUCUAACAUUAAACAUGCCCACAGCUCAGACCAGCAGCCGUGCGUCUCUUUGUGUACGAGCAGCAACGCCUGAGCAGGACACCGAGGCUCCUCUGGGCUACCAGCCGUACGCUCUGGUCCACACGGCUUUCUUCUUGAACUCUGCAGAGGACUUGAGCGCCAACAGAGCAGCUGGAAGGAAGCACAGGAGAGAUCAGAGGGAUCAGAGAGAUCAGAGGAAUCAGAGGGAUCAGAUGGCUGUUCUGAAGGCCAGAUCAUUUGUUUCACCAUGAUGUUUGAGUAAACCUCUCUUAAAGUCAGUGUUGGUCAAGUUACUUGAAAAAAGUAAUCAGUAACUAAUUACUUCCCCAAAAAGUAAUCCUGU